UGUAUUACGUAAACGGGUUAUGUAAUCGCGCCGCUGCAGGCUGGAGAGCAGUUUAAGGUCCAGCAGGACUCAGAGGCAGACAGCCUGGAGUUAUCCAUCCAUCAGCUACUGACAUGUCUCCUGUGAAGCUCGACAGUUCAGAUGAUACAAAGCCUGUUGAUAAUGGCAAUGCGAAGGAAUGCAUAACGUCAGUGCUGAAGGGACUGGAGACAAUUGCACCUCUGGUCCGCUCUGUAGAAGAGACCCCUGAGCCAAUCUCUACCGAAGUACAAGGCACCAUUCCUUCCUGGAUCAAUGGCAACCUCCUUCGCAACGGCCCGGGGAAGUUUGAGUUUGGAAACACACACUACAACCACUGGUUUGAUGGGAUGGCUAUGCUGCACCAGUUCAAAAUCGACAAAGGCCAGGUGACAUACAUGAGUCGGUUCCUGCACAGCGAUGCCUACAAGAAGAACAGUGAACGGAACCGCAUCGUGAUAUCAGAAUUUGGUACCAUCGCCAUGCCGGACCCCUGUAAAAACUUCUUCCAGCGCUUCCUGUCUCGCUUUGAGAUGAUAGAGCCCACGGACAAUGCGAGUGUGAGCUUUGUGAAAUACAAAGGUGACUACUAUGUCAGCACGGAGACAAACUUUAUACACAAAGUGAACCCAGAGAACCUAGAAACAUUGGAAAAGGUAGAUUGGAGCAAGUUCAUUGCUGUAAAUGGAGCCACUGCCCACCCACACUAUGACCCCGACGGUACGACCUACAACAUGGGAAACUCCUAUGGAAGCAAAGGCGCCCUGUACAACAUCAUCAGAGUACCUCCUGAGAAGACAGACGCCACAGACACCCUGCAAGGAGCCAAAAUACUCUGUUCUAUUGUGCCUGCGAACAAGUCCCAUCCCUCCUACUACCACAGCUUUGCUAUGUCUGAGAACUACGUGGUGUUCAUUGAGCAGCCAAUUAAGAUGGACCUGCUGAAGAUAGUCACAUGCAAGCUGAGGGGAAAGGCUUUGAGCGAGGGCAUCUACUGGGAUCCCAAGCAGGAAACUGUCUUCCAUCUUGUUGACAAGCGUACAGGCGAGGUCAGUUCUGUGAAGUACCACACCAAAGCAAUCUCCACCUUCCAUCAGAUCAACGCCUUUGAGGAGGAUGGACUCUUGAUGCUUGACAUGUGCUGCGCAGACGACGGCCAAGCCAUCAACAACUACCUCAUCCAGAACUUACGCAAGUCAGGAGACGCAUUAGAUGAGGUGUACAACGCCAUGUGCAGAGCUUUCCCUCGGCGCUUUGUUCUGCCCCUCCAUGUGACGAGUGAAACCCCCACAGGCCAGAACCUGAACACUCGGCCCUCCAGUACGGCAACGUGUGUCAAAAUCAGCAGCGAUAAGGUGUUUUGCCAACACGAGAAUCUCCAUGGAGAUGACCUCCAAGAGUAUGGUGGCCUGGAGUUCCCUCAGAUCAACUACAAGAGAUAUAACACACAACCAUACCGUUGUUUCUACGGCUGUGGCUUCAGACACCUGGUGGGAGACUCACUGCUCAAGAUGGACCUGAACAACAAGACGCUCAAGGUCUGGUACCAGAAGGGUUUCUUCCCAUCAGAGCCUGUGUUUGUGCCGUCCCCUGAUGCCGUGGAGGAGGACGAUGGUGUCAUCCUCUCUGUGGUUCUCACCCCCUCACAGGAUAAAGCAACAUUCCUCCUGGUUUUGGACGCAAAGACAUUUGAAGAGCUGGGAAGAGCCAACGUUCCCGUUAACAUGGCUUAUGGCUUCCAUGGUACCUUCAGUGCCUCUGCAUAAAACUAUUUGUUGCAUUGAAAUUUUUUCUGAUAUUGACUAUAACACAGUGUUGAUGAUUAUAACCACUAUAUUCCUGAUUGUACUGAGUUACUGAUGCACUAGAAGAUGAAAAUGGAUGCAGUGUUCUGCUACGGACUGAGUACUAAUGAGGUACUUUUUAAACUGAUCUCUGUUUUUUAGUAACAUCCAACAGUAGUGGCAUUAAGACACCAAUAAUAAACCCAAAGAUACUCAUAUUAUUAUUAAUUAUAUUCUUUUUGUAUCAACCUGAAACAUACAUACUGUUCUCAGGAGAGCACUCAUGAUUUGUUAUACUGUGUACGCAGUAUAAGACAUUCCAACUACCAAGUGCCAAAUGAACAUUUUCUCAACAAAAAUGAUUUUGUAUUUUUUUGUAUUUUUUACAGGCUGAAUGACUUUUAUACACAAUAAAAUGUUUACCUCUGUGAACGGUCAAGUGUG